GUGAAGGCAGCACUGGCACAUGUUGCUGUUUGUGAAACGCUGCCGUUUUCAAAUCUUGCAGUUAGGUUCUCUAUGUUUCUACUAAAAUUCAAUUCCAACGAGGCGGUUCCGUUCAAAUUCAAAAUUCUAGGGUUAGUAUCAGUGGAGAGAUAGAUCAAAAUUCAAAGACAUCAACAAGAAUCAUUAGCAGGUAAAAUGGACAAGUACGAGAAGCUGGAGAAGGUAGGCGAAGGCACUUAUGGAAAAGUUUACAAGGCGAAGGACAAAGCCAGUGGCCAAUUGGUGGCUCUGAAGAAAACAAGACUCGAAAUGGACGAAGAAGGCAUUCCGCCAACCGCUCUAAGAGAGGUCUCUCUCCUUCAAAUGCUUUCUCAAUCUCUUUAUGUCGUCCGUCUUCUCUGUGUUGAGCACGUUGAUUCUUCUCAGAAAUCUGCCUCCAAUCCAAGCCCUGACUCCGCUUCUCUUCAUAAUCAUAAUAAUUCUAAUAAUAAAUCUAAUCUUUACUUAGUCUUUGAAUAUCUCGACACCGAUCUCAAGAAGUUCAUUGAUUCACAUCGCAAAGGCUCAAACCCUAGGCCUCUUCCUUCAACCCUAAUUCAGAGCUUCCUGUAUCAGCUUUGUAAGGGGGUGGCCCACUGCCACAGUCACGGUGUUCUUCAUCGGGAUCUCAAGCCUCAGAAUCUUCUUCUGGACAAAGAGAGGGUUUUGAAGAUCGCUGAUCUUGGUCUUGGGCGUGCCUUUACUGUUCCUGUCAAAAGCUAUACUCACGAGAUUGUUACGCUCUGGUACAGAGCUCCUGAGGUCCUCCUUGGUUCCACUCAUUACUCUACGGCUGUUGAUAUGUGGUCUGUUGGUUGCAUUUUCGCUGAAAUGGUUAGAAGGCAGGCUCUGUUUCCUGGCGACUCUGAGUUUCAACAAUUGCUUCAUAUUUUCAAGGUUGUGGGAACGCCAACUGAGAAACAGUGGCCCGGUGUUACUUCUCUGCGGGAUUGGCAUGUGUAUCCAGUGUGGGAGCCUCAAAACUUGGCACGGGCUGUUCCAUCUCUGAGUCCUGAAGGAGUAGACCUUCUAUCGAACAUGCUCACAUAUAAUCCAGCGGACAGAAUCUCAGCCAAAGCAGCGAUGGAGCAUCCCUAUUUUAGCAGCCUUGACAAGUCUCAAUACUAAAGUUUGCACUGCCUGCCAGUCUACUGGAAACACUGAUUUUUUUUUUUUAACAUAUAGUAUGCAUUAGGAAUUCAAAUGAAGGGGACUGAAUUGAUUUAAACUUGAGAAGAAGUUUCGUGUAGUUGGUUGUCAUCAUCUUGGUGAUUUCACCAAUUGAAACUAUGUAAUUUGAUUCUUCUCAUCUAUGCUUUAUUGUCAAGAUCGAUAACAUGUUGUUAACUGCUAGUCAGAGUUGCUUCCGAAAGCACACGAUGUUUGAAUAUGAGCAAUGUUAUGUGCAUUCAAUUUUAAAUAUUCAAUUAGAUAUUGAAAGAAAUAUAGUCAUAU